AUGUCUUUCUAUAACCCCCUUUCCAACCCCUCCCGACCAGCACCAAGAGGUGCAGGUAGAACCAACGGCAGAGGCGGUCAAGGUGGACCAGCCAAUGCAUCUGCUCCCACUGAGCGCCAGAACCAAGUCGAUUCCACCAACAUGAUAGCUACCACAAAUGACAGUGGUUUCUUACAAAAUACCGAAGCUUCUGCUCCAGCAACCGCCCCCAAGGACAAGGGCAAAGGCAAGAAAAACAAGUGGGCCAAGGUCGACUUGAAUCUCAUUGCCCCCAUGGCAGGCCCUGUAAUUCCUACCCAGCCAGUCCCAAGUGGUAGAGGCAAAUACAAGAAGGAGCAAUCCUUCGGUUUCCUUGUUGACGAUAAUGAUACGAGACCUGGACGUCAUGGGGGUCCACAUCGAGGCGUCAACAUCAAUGGAGAAUCUCUCGGUGAAAUCGCAGAUCGCCUCAAGAAGCUCGAUUUGGAGAAGGCUAGGCCACUCACAGAAUUCAAACUCUUUCCAAAUCUCUCACCUGAAUUGCGUUACAAGAUUUGGAACAUUGCAGCACGUUCCUCGCCUCGCAUUCUCGAGGUCGUAUUGCAUCCCGAAUUUCCAUGCCCUCCUCAUGGCGACAGAGCUUACAUUGACAUGUCCGAUCCCAAUGAUUUGAGAAAAUUCAAUCAUAGUAUAUGGCACAUCUCCACGCCCGGCCAGAAAGUCCCAGCCAUAUUACAAGCCACUCGGGAAUCGCGUACCGAGGCCCAACGCCUGUACGAAAAGCGAUACCUCAACAACUUUCCGGAUGAUUUCCCCUAUCGCCAGAAUGAAGAGCGUCCAUGGACAUACUAUAAUCCAUAUGUCGACGUAAUCUUCUUUGGCGAUAGUACCUGCAUUGUGACGCUUGUCAAAUUCUUCCGUCGUCAUUCCGAGGAAAUCUUCCCUCGACUUGCCUUCCGCUGCGCCAAUUUCAUCGGUACGUGCAAGUACAAAUGUACUUACGAUACAUGGGAAUGGCCACAUGGCGAAGAUGAGUAUUCCUGUGUUUGCGGAGCUGGCAUUGGAGGCGGCGGAAUCGAUGUUAUGGGCAUCCUUCACGGAAAAGACCGUGUGGUUGCCCGCAAUUCACUGGUUCCUGGAGUUCCGAGUGUGGAGGAAGUAUUCUUCGUCGUCAAGACGGAGUGCAUGAAGUUUCCGGCUAGACAAAUGCCCAGCAAUUUGACUUUUCGCCCUGCGAUCCAUAACGGCCUUACGCAGAGUCAGCAGAAGAAGAGAACAGACUUUGAAGCUGAAGUUGACAAGGCUCGGGCCGGAGAAGGCGUUCGUGCCUGUGGUGCCAACAGAUGGAACGACCAUCUUCCAACUUUCAGCUUCGUCUCCUUGGCCCCUCCAUUAAUAGAUGGUAAGGGUAAAAACUUGAAGCAUGACGCAAUCCAGGUGCCAACCGAGCACAUGGGCAAGUUGACGUAUCGCAACAACGAAUUCCUUACAGAUUUGGCUGUCAAAGCUAAUCUCGAAAUUGUGCCUGCCCCAAAGGCUUACGUUGGCGAGAAAAAUCGCGAGAUCGGCCUGUACAAUGGUACUGAAAAAGGCAUCGAAUUGGCAAAGGAAGAAAUCCAGAAGCAAUUGCUUGUGGAUUUCAACUCCAAUCGUCGUGGUCCUAACCACCAAGGUGGUGACGAGGGCCGCGGUGGUCCUCGUGGUCGAGGAGGAUAUGGUGGUGGCCGAGGUCGUGGUCAAUAG